AUGGAGUCCGCUAAGAAUUCAUCCACCCUCCUUCAACGAAGAACAAAACGCUUCUUUCGACAAAUUCGCCCGGAUGUCCAGAGGCCAAAUGCACUAGAAAAUUCAGUUCUGGCCAGGCUUCCCACAGAACUCCUACAACAAAUCGCGAACGAUCUUCCUCUCGCAUCAGCCGUAUCAUUUUCUUUGUCUUGUCGACACGUCUAUCUCUUACUCGGAACUCAGUAUCUAGAAAACCUAGCAACUGCUACCUGCGAUCACGAACGAUUAGUAUUCUUAAAUCUUCUAGAAUGCGAUCUUCCGAGCCAAAUUGUUUGCACUCCCUGCAGAAAGCUUCACGAGAUCAAAAAUGCCAAGAAAUACAUGGAGGGCAGCGGAUGGCGGGAGCUUGAGCUGGAUUGUCUAGGAAGCGACUGGGAAGCUAUGGUUACAGAUUAUAUCCACGAUAACUUUAGCAGCACUGUCUUCAAGAUGACGAUGAAACAUCACCGCAACUUUGGUUUCGAUGCUCGGACCCGCCAGCUCUUGGAUCUCUUGUCGGAAAAAACCAGUAGCCUUCCUUGGUGCGCCGGGUCCUUGGUCAGAGAAUAUGAAGUAAGAUGUCGAAUCAAGAACAGUUCCCUCUUCACCGAAAAACGCGUAACUUUCUUCGGCAUCUGUCGAGAUUUCGAGCGACACUCAACAGAGUUCUGGAUAUGCCCGCAUCUUAGAUGUGAAUCCAUAAUGGGGACGCUCUGGAUAGAAACAUCGUGUUCGGAUCUUUUACUGCAGGAAUGGUCUGUGAAACUGCGUUGCGGAGAGAACAUCUGCUGGGAGCUUUUUCGGUGCCGAUAUUGUCUGACUGAAUAUCAAGCUAGUGUGAAGCAUGAGGUUGAUUGUACUAUGAAACUCACAAUCACUGUCUGGAAAGAUCUUGGGCAAGGGCCUGAUUUCGAAGAAUGGAAAGCACAUCUGUUUUUUGACUGGUUGUCGAUUCCACAACUGGAUGCGUUUUCUGAGGAAGACAUAGCGUCUGUCUUCCAGGGCGGUGACUACUCGGCUCAAUUUUUGGGUCCCGUAUAUGCCUUUUUGUAUGAUGUAUUUGAACAGGAGACGUUGCGGAUCAUUUUAUCUGGUAGAGUCGGCUGCGGUAAGGUUUCGACAUGA